UUUCUUCGUCACACGAAAGGAAUCUGUCCGUGUCCAUGUCCAUGGCCAUUAUUAUCAAGUCUUCCAAGCCGCGUCUGCUGUGCUGCCGUCUCCUCUUCCUCCUCCUCUUCCUUUUUUUCUUCUUCUGCUUCACCAUGCAUUUAGAAACCAGGCACUCAAAGCUCCCUCUUUUCUCCUUCUCAUCCUCCUCUACCAUGACCUCUUUCGCCGCCACCGCUAUAGACGCUUCCUCAACUCAAUGCCUUCUCCAACGCAGUCCCAGCUUCAUCUUCACCUCCUUCUGAGCUUGUCGUCCCUUCUUUUAGUCCUCUCCUCCCCCUUCUCCACGGUAGCCAUCUCCCGUCUCGCCGACGGCGCCCUAGUCUGCGCCCUCGUGCCAUCUCAAGUCACCGGUAGGCCGUUCGAUCUCACAUGCACCAGCACCGCCAGCUGGCGCCGACACUCCUACGGCGCCAUGUACUCGGCAGUUGCCGCCGGCGAUGGCUUCCUCUGCGGCCUCACCUCCCCCGCGGAUGGCGACUCCAAUGUCAACAUGCGGUGGUGGGAAUUCCGCGGCCAUGGUUCGGAUGUGUACGAGAAGAAGAUCUACCAGGGCUCGCCGCUCGCCGCGCUCGCCUCUGGCGAUACCCACGUAUGUGGCCUGAGCAGGGACGCCGGCCGGUUGCGAUGCUGGCGGUGGGCGGCGCUGGUUGUUCCCGAUGAGGCGAGCUUCUGUGAGAUCGCCGUUGGGAGGGAUUUCCUCUGCGGCCGACUCCGCAACGACACAAUACGAUGCUUCGGGAAUGACGCUGAGAUUGUUGGGAAGGAACCGGCUGGGAAGUUUAGCAUGGUGGCCGCGGGAACCAGGCACGCCUGCGGAGCCGAAAUAGGUGGCGGCUUGAUCUGCUGGGGCGUUGCGCCGCAGUUUGAUCCGGUGCCGCUCGAAGUGGUCGCAAUGGCGCUGGGGGAGAACAAGACCUGCGUGCUGCAAUCGAAUGGAACGGUGCUUUGUUGGGGACAUGGCGCUCUGCUGCCGGACUACCUAGCCGGCGAGCAAUUCGUGGCGAUACAAGCAAAGGGCGACACGAUCUGCGGCAUCGUGAAAGCCAAUUACUCGUUGGUUUGCUGGGGGAACGAUGUGUUCCGGCGGAACCACACUCUGUAUGAUCGCGUGCUGCCCGGGACUUGUAUGCCGGCCACGAACUGCCCCUGCGACGUGCUGCCGGGCUCCGGCUCCAUGUGCAUUUCCGAAGACGAAGCGAUCUGUGAGUUGUGCAAAUUCAAGGUCAGCCCCAAUUCAUCGAACAAUUCGCCUGCACCUGAAGAAGGAAUCGAAGUAGGAAGCAAGAGAAAGGUGUUGUUUUUGGUUCUUGGAUCAGUGGGAGUUGGAUUGGGUUUGGUUGCCCUGUUGACCUUCUUCGUCUCCGUCAUGCUCAGGAAAAAGAGGAACGGUAGCAUUGAGGAAACCUCGGGCAGAUCGAAUCGGCCACCGCCUGUCGAAGGCAGGACCACCAACGGGACGAUCGAAGAGUUUGCAAUCCAAUUCCUCCUCGAGGUCACAAACGGUUUCUCAGAGUCGCACAAGAUCGGCUCCGGGAGCUUCGGCGCGGUCUACCGUGCGAUGCUCCUCGACAGACGCGAGGUCGCGAUCAAGCGUGCCGACAUCCAGGCGGCGCCCGUGGCACCCGUAUCGCGGCGGCACGAGCAACUGCGCCUCCGCGGCAGAAAACAAAGGGAACGCGCCUUCGAAUCCGAGCUCGCUUUGCUAUCCCGCAUCAACCACAAGAACCUGGUGCGCUUGUUAGGGUUCUGCCGAGAACGUGACGAAUGCGUGCUGGUGUACGAGUACAUGGCCAACGGCACGCUCCAUGACCACCUCCACCGGAAACCGAUGGGGACGUCGUCGCCGUUGGGGUCGUGGCCGGAGAGACUGAGGGUGGCGCUCGAUGCGGCCCGGGGGAUCGAGUACUUGCAUUCCUACGCCGUGCCAGCUAUCAUCCACCGAGACAUCAAGUCCACCAACAUACUGCUCGACGAGGAGUGGACGGCGAAGGUGGCCGACUUCGGACUGUCGCUGACGAGCCCCGACGAGGAGGAUAGCGUAGACGCCGCCGCCGGCACGGUCGGGUACAUGGACCCGGAGUACUACCGGCUCCGGCGGCUGACGGAGAAAAGCGACGUCUAUAGCUUGGGGGUCGUGCUACUGGAGUUGGUGACAGGGUGCAAGGCGGUGCAUCAGGGCGAGGCGGCAGAGGGGGGAGAAGGCUGCUCGACGCCGCGGAACCUGGUGGAGAUGGCUGUGCCGUGGAUCGAAGUGGGCAAGGUGGAGCGAGUGAUAGACCGGAGAGUGGUGGCAACGUCGGCGGAGGAGGCGGAGGCGAUGGCCUACAUGGGGCACCUGGCGGCGGAAUGCGUGAGGGCGGAGGGGCGACGGCGGCCGUCUAUGGGGGCGGUGGUCAUGGCACUGAAGCGGGCCCUACGUGUCUGUAGCGGAGAAGAACAUCGCCCCCGAUUUUCAUGUGAUCCAAUAACGUAAAACUCGGGGGUGUUUUCCCAUAAAUUGCUCUUUCCAAAUCCAGUUCAUAAUUCCAUUUUUCA